UUUUUUUUUGAGUACGAGAUCAUCAUCGAGGCCCGAUCAGCUAAGGAUCGCGCUGCGAAUCCAUCGUCCGAUCCAAGUCUUCUCCUGCAAGACCGUCAAAAUAAUGCAACGGAAUCUGCCCCCUGAUCUAGGUGUUUCUUUCUUGUGGUAGAGUCGUGCGCUAUCUCGCCGAAAACCCGGGGCCGCCGCCAUAUACACCAAUGCAACAACCGCACCUCGCCACGUCUUGUUCGCCGUAGCGAUCGAUCUCGCACCCGCACGCACCCAAAGUCCAAAAAACCACCCCGGCACCACCAGCAUGGCCGUCGACGACGUCGUCACGGCAGCCGCCCACCGCGCGGACGGCGGCGCCACGCCCGCGCCUGCCUUCCCGAUCUCCACCACCCUCGUCGUCCCCGCGUCCGUGACCGCCAUCUGCAUCGCCGCGUCCGCGUACUACGUCUCCAAGCUGCUGUCCUACUACGCCACGUUCGCCGUCUCCCUCGUCUGCUUCGCCCGCGCGGUCUGGCCGGACCGCGUCGGCGCCGCGCUCGCCCGCGCCGACGCCUACGCGCGGGACACGGCGUCGCGCGCGCGCGCCGACCUGGAGGCCGACCUGCGGUUCCUGAGGGACGUCGCGGCGCGAGGAGCGCACCCCGCGACGACGACCGGGCCCGAAGCGUGCGCGGCGCGCCUCGCCGGCUGGUGGAGGAGGAAGUGGGACGAGCACAGGGACGCCGCGUGCGCGGCCAGGUUCGUGCUCCGCAUGGUCGCGCUCGUCGCCCGCCUCGCCGCGACCGUGCUGUUCGACGCGGCGUGCGAUGAGGCUAGGGCCUGCGCUCCGUCGGUGCUGAGAUACUUGAGACGCGUGGUCGAUGGGAUCAGGCCACCGUCGUCGUCGUCGUGCGACAAGGGCGAGGACGACGGCGAGGCAGCCGCCGGCUUUGUGUUGAAGGACAUCGCGUGUCUCGUCGGGGCCGGGUUCUACCUCCUGUUCACCAUGCACCUGCUCUUCAGCUUCAACGCCGCCAGUGGGAUGCAGUUAUGUGCGGUCUGCUUCGCGGCGACGUGCGGCCUGACGAUGCUGAUCGCUGACUGGAUUGACCCGCCGGACGAUGAUGCCGACGAAAUUGACACCACCGCCGUCACUGAUGGCAGCAGCCGCCCCGAGGACGAUGCCGCCGGCGAGGCAACAAGCCGAGACGAGGAGCUCGAAGUGCGCGAGUCGUGGCGGUUCCUCUGGGUUCUGGUCCUCAUCACGCACUGCGUCGACGCGUUCCUCCUCCACGUCACGGUCGGCCCGCAGCCUACGACACUCGCCAUCUUGGCCCUCUGCAACUUGGAGGUGCUCAAGGUUGGAAGGCAAGUCCAGAUGACGCCGGACGACGACGGGGAGGGAGCAGGAGCUGUCGACAAGUGGCGCCGCGGUGCCAUGGUGGUGUACGCGGCGUGCAGCGUCAAGAUCUUUGUCGUCUACCUCGUGCUCGACUGUUCCAUGGCCGCGCUCGGCUUCUUCUGGCUUUUCGUCAUGGCGGACCUCCUGUUGGCUGAGGAGGACAACUUGUCGCACUUCGAUGCCUCGGGUGAUCAAGAUGUCGACGAAGAUGGGGAGGGGAGUGCUGGCUUCGAAGGGGACAUCACCGGAGGCGACGAGGAAGAGGCUGACGAGGAGGCCAGGGAAGAGCAUUCCAGCACGAGCUCAUCAGAGAACAAAGAGGAGGAAACUUCGUCUGCGCAUUGUUGUGAUAGUUCAUCAUUAGAGGAUGAAGACGAAAGAUCUGCGUAUUGUGAUACUCGUUCAGAAGAUCAUGAGAUUUUUGAGGAGCAGGGACGACACGAAGGACUGGAUUGCGGCAGCGGCGGCGGCAGCACGGACGACAGCUGGGUUUUUGUAGACGUCGACGAUCCGGAGAUGCCGGCAAAAGCUAACUGUGGCGCCAAGCGGAGGAAGUCCAGGCCGAUCCCACGGAGGCGUCCGAGUUUUAGUUAUUUAUCGUGAUAUGAGAUUUUCUAGCUUCCGUUAGGAUUCUUUGUAUAAAGCUUCCAUCCGGGAUAGAGAGUUCGCUAGGUAAAACUAGAUUUAAACUCAAAGACGCAUUUUUCUUGCAGUGUGCGUGUGCUGUACUGCUGUGUAGUGUGCAAUGCCUUUUAAGUCGUCCCUGCAGUCAUUACAUGCCCACUGUUGCACAUGAACCUCUUUUGUCUUUUAAAAAAGAACGAAUCCGUUUUCUACGA